AUGCCGACUGUUCACCUGCUUGAUUACGUCGCAGGAAAUGUUCGAUCGUUGGUGAAUGCGAUCAACAAAGUUGGGUUCGAUGUUGAAUGGAUCAAGUCUCCGGCCGAUAUCCAAAAUGCUGACAAACUCAUGGUGCCCGGUGUUGGCCAUUUCGGCCAUUGUCUCUCUCAGCUUUCCGAAGGUGGUUUCCUGGAACCGAUCAGACAGCAUAUAGAGCUGGGAAAGCCCUUCAUGGGCAUAUGUGUUGGUCUGCAGGCGCUUUUUGAGGGCUCUGAAGAAGACCCUGACACCCCCGGAUUGGGACUGAUCCCACAACGAAUGCAGAAAUUCAACGCUGACACGAAGAGCGUGCCUCACAUAGGCUGGAACUCUGCUAUGAAUACAACCUCGGAGCGUCAAACUUUCUAUGGGUUGAACCCGAACAGCAAGUAUUACUACGUUCAUUCCUUCGCGGCUCUCUACAAGGCAGGCGUAUUAGAGAACGACGGCUGGUCAGUUGCUACAGCCACCUACGGUGAAGAAGAAUUUAUUGGCGCCAUCGCUCGGGAAAAUAUCUUUGCAACUCAAUUUCAUCCGGAGAAAAGCGGACAAGCGGGACUACGGACUCUCCGUGCGUUCUUGAAUGGUGACAAAUUCCAGCCAUUGGGAACGGAAGGUUUGGAGGCAAGAAAGAGGGAAGACGGGUUGACUCGCAGGAUCAUCGCCUGUCUUGAUGUCCGGACGAAUGAUGCUGGUGAUCUGGUCGUCACGAAAGGUGAUCAAUACGAUGUGCGAGAGAAGGCCGGCGUGGGCGCAGGAGGUCAGGUAAGAAAUCUGGGAAAGCCAGUUGACAUGGCAAAGAGGUAUUACGAACAAGGUGCGGACGAGGUCACCUUCCUCAAUAUCACGUCUUUUCGGAAUUGUCCGCUCGUUGAUACCCCAAUGCUGGAAGUAUUGAGAAGAACAUCGGAGACCGUCUUUGUUCCUCUGACAAUCGGAGGCGGUAUCAAGGACACUAUCGAUCCUGACGGGACUCACAUCUCUGCUCUGGACGUUGCCACAAUGUAUUUCAAGUCUGGAGCCGAUAAAGUCAGCAUUGGAUCGGAUGCAGUCAUUGCGGCUGAGGAGUACUAUCGUCGCGGCGAAAAACUCACGGGAAAAACUGCCAUCGAGACAAUUUCGAAGGCUUAUGGAAACCAAGCCGUGGUUGUGAGUGUUGAUCCCAAGCGAGUUUAUGUCACAAGCCCGGAUGACACUGAGCACCAUACGAUCAAAACGAAGUACCCGAACGCCAGCGGCCAGAGUUAUUGCUGGUAUCAGUGUACAAUUAAGGGUGGCAGAGAGAGUCGUGAUAUUGACGUCCGACAGCUGGUGAAGGCUGUUGAAGCCAUGGGUGCUGGCGAAAUUCUACUGAACUGUAUCGACAAGGAUGGAAGUAACAGUGGAUUUGACCUGGAGUUAAUCAACGAUGUCAAGGCUGCUAGCAAGAUCCCUGUCAUUGCUUCAAGCGGUGCUGGUGUCCCAAAGCAUUUUGAAGAUGUCUUCCGAUAUACAACAACCGAUGCGGCAUUAGGUGCUGGAAUGUUCCACCGUGGUGAGUUUACUGUCGGUCAAGUCAAGGAACACCUUCGGAACGAGGGAUUUCUAGUCCGCAACUUCGAAAGCGACGAGUGA